AUGGAGAACCGUCUGUCGAUGAUGCGGCAGAGCGCUGUGUGUCGUAAAAUAAGUUUUCGCGUAUUUUUGCCCCCGUUAAACAAAGCACACCCGAAGGUCGAUGAGUGGGUGGGUGGGUCUUUUCGCAGAGCACUGACCGAACCGAUUCGUUGUCGUCCGUCUUCUGUUGUCUGUGGCCUUGGCCGCCUUUGUCACUGUCCGACAGCUGACUAUGACAUUCGCCUCCGGCCUCCGCCACGGCAAGCUUCACAACGACUCUCAGCUGAUCGCUUCCCUCCGGCAUUAGGUGUCGACGGCCAGGCGGCAACAGCUCGUUUCCUCAUUACCUCUUUGGUCCUCUUGUUGGGUUGGUUGGUGUAUCGGAUGUACGACAGCCGAUUGUCGUCAUCGUCGUCGUCGUUCAGUCUCUGUUUGCGUGCGCUGCUUGUGUCCCCUCGCGUUCGUUCACUCUCAUUCGUUGCGUAUGCUCAGCCGCGAAUUUCUUUUCAGCGACCUUCUGUCCGUCUGUCUGUCCCCCUACCCGUUGGUCCGUCUGUCGGUUGUCCAUUUUCGGUGUCAUCACGAUCGAUACGUCUGGGACUCGGACAACCAAUGAAGACUUUCCAGGCGUACCUGCCUUCCGGAAGUCGAACGUACAGCUGUGUGCAUUGUCGAGCCCAUUUGGCCGAUCAUGACGAUCUCAUCUCCAAGGUACGUCGUACGCUGGUCGCUCGUUUUCUGUCUCCUGUUUUCUGGUUCGUUCGCCGCACUAACCACACUUUCCCGUUCUAG